CCACAGAACGUCAUUCAAUGCGGAAACAAGCUAACGUGAUCUUGUGUUGUAGGAAUCGUGGCUGGGUUAGGGUUUUCGCGCAAAUGAGCAAUGCUGUUUAACAGGUAUUGCUUUUAACUUGUUUUCCCUCUCCACACUCUUAACUUGACUUUCCCCCGCCCAACAGCCAAACUGAGUUUGGCAAACUCACGGUCAUGGCUCAAAGUGAACUCAAGGAAGCAUUUGUGAGUAAUCUCAAUGGAACCAGUCUGGGAGAAGUGGCACUAGGAUCGCUGCUCAGCCCAGUAUGCAUCAUCAACAGAGGCUUCAUCUUGAUUCUGUACUGUCAGGCCAAAGGGACUAUACCGCUGCCAUGUCCUCUUGUUUCUCACCUUUUCACUGACUUCUCUGUGCUUAUUCUUCCCCUUGUCUUGUCAUGUACUGUUCUGAGCAGCAUUCUUCACCAAGUUGUCAUUAGUCUAACUUUAGUUUCAGCUUGUCUACUUUGCUAUAUCUAUCGUACCAGCAGUAAUUUUUCUGGACAGCAUGCACAAAAGACUGUCAGCACCUUCCUUCAGAGUCACAUUCAGGACAGCCAAGUUCCCUUUGUGACGCUCUUUAGAGUGUUUGUAAAUGUGAAAACAGCUGUUAGCAUCCUUGCUGUAGACUUUGCUGUCUUUCCAAGACGAUAUGCCAAAACGGAAACCUAUGGGACAGGGGUUAUGGACUUUGGAGUAGGAGCGUUCAUCUUUGCAAAUGCUCUUGUGUGUCCAGAGGCACGGAGGAGGAGCAUCUCAGGGACCAAGAUGAGUAACAUUACAAAGCAGAUCUUGUCUGUCUGGCCCCUACUUGCUCUUGGUACAGCAAGACUAGUGAGCAUCAAAAUGACUGGCUAUCAUGAACACGUGACAGAAUACGGCGUCCACUGGAAUUUCUUCUUCACUCUAGCUAUCGUCAGAGUUGUGGCCUCUCUGCUUCUGGCUGUUUUACCAAACAAACAGUUGUGGUUCUUUGCCCUGUUGAUCAGUGGAUUGUAUCAGUUUACUUUGGAGACAACUGAACUGAAGGCUUUUAUUAACCACAACCAUGACAGAGAGAGAGACUUUUUACAUGCAAACAAGGAGGGCAUAUUCUCAGUAGUGGGCUAUGUGGCCAUCUAUGUAGCAGGAGUUCAGAUUGGACUUUAUGUCAUGCAGCCAAGAUCUCAAGUUAGAGAAUGGCUCAAAAUGCUUUUUAAUCUCUUUUUGGGAAGUUUUUUUUUGUACACUGCUUUGUGCACAUGUCAAUACCUUGUAGAGCCAGUGUCUCGCCGAUCUGCUAAUUUACCUUUUUUCCUCUGGAGUGUUGCUCAGUCUUUGUUUUUUAUGUCCUGCCUUGGUCUAGCUGAUGUGGUUUUACUGUUCUCAAAAAGAAUAUCUGGUUGUCACCUUGUACCUUCAUCAUGGAAUUUAUGUAAAAACGAAUCAGACUCGGACAAAGUCACUGACAAAAAGAGAAAGGAAAUGGAAAGACUCUGCCUCGUUCAAGCCGUCAGCAGGAAUCAGUUGCUGUUUUUCUUACUUGCAAAUGUUAUGACAGGAUUGACCAACUCUGUUGUGGACACACUUAGCUGUAGUAGUUCGUUUUCAGUGUGUGUUUUGCUGAUGUACAUGUUCAUUAAUUGCUUUGUAAUAUUUUUUUUGCACAUCUGUCAAAUUACAGUAAAAUUCUGGUAAAAUUUGCAAUAGUAUGACAAGUGUAUUCAGUUGUUGUUGUAAAACACAAGAAAAAUG